AUGGAGCCCGAUGGGAAACCUCCACGACGAGCACUCCAUCUUCAAGCAUCACAAUUCGGGGAAGAGUCCCAGUUCGUCGGUGCGUUUUCAGACGGCCUGUGGGCCAAGUCUGAGUCUGUUCUGCCUAUGUCCAGCUUCCAAAAGCCUGCCGCCGGCUCCAUACUGGAUUACGCCUCUACGCGGUCUUUGCAGGAUGCCGGAUCCUACUCGACGUACGGCCAGUCACCUUACGUGGCUUCGUCUCUAGUCCCGUCCCCGAUGGCCGACCAGGCAAGUCAGAUUUCUGACUGUGUUCCAUACAUCCCCGGUCAGGAUUUUGCCACUUCAUAUGAAGAGGCGCCGUCCCCCAUGAUGGGCGCCCGGCCACGACAGGCGCCCGAGGUCCUCACUUACAGCCCCCAGCGGGGCAUCGAAGGUGCCCGAGUGGUGGUGCAGAUCCAGUCUCCAUUUGAUCUGCACAGCUCGUGCUAUGGCGCCCUGUAUCUGGUGUUUGGCACCAAGCGAUGCGAAUGUAACCCGCAUUUCCUGGGUUUCCAGGGCGCAAACUUCCAAUACUGCCUGUCUGUGGAUGCUCCGCCUUUCUCCGCCACGGGUUCUUCUUCCAUUGCCGUUCCUUUGCAAAUCGUGCUCGAGGCUCAGAAUGACAGCCAGCCUACCACCUUGCACGUUGGUGUUUUCACCUAUGAUCGGUUAUCGCGCCCUUCGCCUGACGCGGAGAGCCGCAAGCGCAAAUUCUCGAACAACUCGGACAACCUUCAAGCCAACUCCUCAUCUUUCAAAAGAUUUGCUGGCCCUCAAUCCGUGCUCAACGCGGAGCGCAAUGACAAUUACACUUACCGAGAUGGCCGCUGUGUCUCCUAUUCGCCUUACAUGCAGACUCUUCCGGGCAUGACAGCCUUCGGCCAUCACCUCCCCGCUGCUGCUUCGCCUCGCAGCGGCCCCGUUCAGUUCACGGCAGGCGCGGCCGCUUCACAGCCGGGAUUCCGUGCACCUUCCCCCUUGACCUCCACUUGGGGCCCCUCUUUCAUCCCGGGACCUCAUGAUCUCCGAGGCCAGAGCCUCGGUAUCGGCCACCCUACGCCGCAACACCGGAGACCGUCUCCAGCCCGAACACCCAGUACAGGGAACCCAACCUUGAUCCGCACUUCUACACUGCAGCAAGCGAGUGGACUCGGCAACAGUGCCAGCUUCAACCCCUAUGCCAUGUAUCCGACCAAAGCGGUCCUCAAGUUGAACGGCGAUCUGAACUCCAUGGCCGUCGGCUGGUCAACAGAGGAGCGCCAGUCUCAGCGUCGUCUCGUGCAAUUUACUCGCUCGCAGAAUGGCAGCACCAUCAAUGCUGACUUCAAACCAGUCACCCCCGAAGAGCGCGCCCCCAAUAGCAUCUGCAUCAGCUGCAUUCACUGGGAAGGAAAGGAUGAGUGUUUUGUCACCAGUGUGGACACUAUCUACCUGCUAGAAUCCCUGGUUGCUGUUCGCUUCACCGUCGAGGAGAAGAAUCGCAUUCGCCGAAACCUUGAAGGGUUCCGCCCCUUGACAGUCUCCAAAGCCAAGGCAGACAGCGAGGAAUUCUUCAAAGUGAUCAUGGGAUUUCCUGCCCCCAAGCCGCGAAAUAUUGAGAAGGAUGUCAAGGUGUUCCCCUGGAGUAUCCUCUCCGAGGCUUUGAGAAAGAUCAUUGGCAAAUACGUAAGUUCGUCCCUGUCUGUGCUCCUUCACCAUGUGAGAAGUGGUCUUUUGCUAAUCCAUGUUUCUUCGAUCCUUCAGUCUGCCAGUUAUUCCUCCACCGCAGGUGUACUACCCGCUUCGAUGAGCAACUUUGCUGCACACGGCAACGGCUCCGAUUCAGGUACUGAGCCUCACACUGUGCCCUCCCCGCCUUCUCUUUCAGACGCUGGAAAUGCAAGCACCUACGCACAUCACGCGAUAUCGGCUCCUGUUUAUGUAUCGCAAUCCGACCAUGUCUGCGCUCCGAUGAGUGGUCCCGUUGAAUACCGCUCCAUUAUGCCUCCAAUCAGCCAGCCCUAUACGUCGAUCGGCACAUACUCGUACCCUCCAAUCUCUCACCCAGCUCAUGGCCACAGUCUGAUGGCACCUGCUCGCACAACGUGGGAGCUUCAUGGCAUGGGCGCCUCGGCCCCGACCACCAGCGCUACUUACACCUAUCUUGAUCAGGGGUAUCCCGUGCAUGAUGCUCCUCAGGGUCGCUAA